UUUUGGCUUGUCAGCUGGUAUGCCAUUUUAUGUUCGAUAAUAUCGAGAUGCUGUAAAGUAAUAGAUACAAGAUGGGGCAGAGUUUAAAUAGAGAAGACAUAAUAGCAAGUGAAAUGACUGAUCCUCAAACACAAGAUUGGUUAUGUCUUAAUGUGGCCUUACGAGAAUCUACAAAAGCUCUUGCAAUGUGCACACAUCAGAGAAUAGCAGCCUUCCAUAGACAUGCUAAAAAGUUUAUAGGACACCUUCCACCCUGUCCAAAUGAUAGUUGUAGCAAGAACUAUGAGAUAGUAGGACAAUGGUGUCCUGCAUGUGCUGAAUGGAGAAGAGAAAUAAUUCAGUUUUGUCGUAAAGGUUAUAUAGAUAGAAUAGUGUGGUCUAGAUACUCUUCUAGUGAAUGGUUAACAAAUCCAUAUGAGGUUGCUAGAGUUUUGAUCCCUAGGGCCCACAAAUUUUAUUACAAAUCCAACGAAUUUCAUGAGGAUAUACGAUACAGCUUAAGUUAUAUUGAAAAUAGCAUUUCAUUUGAUGUACCAAAAGAUUUGGUUCAAAAAGUUUGGGUAGUGAGAAAUAGUUUUCGUAGGAAAGGAAAGAUGAAGAUAACAAGCAAAGAUUUAAAUAAAUGUGUUUCAUGUUUGAUAGAUCUAUUAGAAGUUCCUACAAUUUAUACAAAUAAAGCAGUCCCUCCUGCUGUUAAAAAGUUGAGAUCUAUAAAUAAGGUAGAGGAGUCUAGCUGUGUUAUCUUAUAAAUCAUUUAC